AUGGAUACCGCAACCGGGUACAAACAUCCGGAAGAGCUUCCAGGUGGAGGACAAGCAUCCAAACGAUUCGAGAUGACCGAAUCAAAAUGGCUUGUUCGAUUUAUAUUUCUCGAAAGCGUGGCUGGUGUCCCGGGCAUGGUUGGUGGCAUGUUACGGCAUUUACACAGUUUGCGGAGGAUGAAGCGAGAUAAUGGUUGGAUCGAAACUCUCAUCGAAGAAUCCUUUAACGAGCGCAUGCACCUCCUCACUUUCCUCAAACUACACACGCCGGGCAUUUUCAUGCGCACUAUGAUCCUCGGUGCUCAGGGCGUCUUCUUCAACGGCUUCUUCAUCUGCUACCUCCUCUCACCUCGGACCUGUCACCGUUUCGUCGGCUACCUCGAAGAAGAAGCCGUCCGGACUUACACACGCGCUAUCUGUGAUCUAGAUGCCGGUAAACUCCCUUUGUGGAAUAGCGGCCGUGUCCAAGCACCUGAGAUUGCCAUUGGGUAUUGGAAUAUGCCUGAAGGGAAGAGGGGUAUGAGGGAGCCGCUGAUGUACAUUCGCGCGGAUGAGGCGAAGCAUAUAGAGGUCAAUCAUACGUUGGGAAAUUUGGAUCAGAACACUGAUCCGAAUCCCUUUGCGAGUGUGUUCAAGGAUGAGUCGAAGCCGCAUCCGAGUAAGAACCUUGAAGGUUCGAAAGGUGAAGGAUGGGCGAGGGAGGAGGCGCUGUGA